UACAAAACAUGCGUGUGUGUGUGCGCGCGCGCGCCUAUAUAAUAGCUCAUGUUCUUAAUGUAAUAACUCGAACGAGAUAUAACAAAGAGAAUUUAGAAUACCUAGCUAGCUAAAGGCUAGCAAUAUGGGGAAUUGUGGACUAAAGCCAAAAGUAUUGUCGGAAACCGGAGCUCCGGCGCCAGAGGAGCUUGAGAUUUCACAUCUUGAAGAUCAGAAGAUCGACGCUGCGAAAUCUCUUAUCAACUUGUUCCUUCAAGCAGAUAAGACUAUGAAAGAGGUCGAGAAGACAACACCGGAAAAUAUACCCGUUACUAAAGAUCUGAAAACAGCUUUGGCUGAUGAUCAGAAGGUUGUGAACGAAGAGGCCGUUCAUGGCCAGAAAGUGAUCGACGAUGCGACUGUGAAAGAAACAGAAACAGAGGCGAAGUCAGAAGCGCAGUGAAAUAAGCUCAAAACUUUUUACAAGCUAGUUUCUGCAUUUGCGGUCUUGGAUCUCAAUACACUUUUCUUUUGUUUAGCUUAUGUUUGUUCCUGUCUUAGAUUCCCAAAUGCAAACGCUUGAUUCAUUUACACGAUUCGUCAAUAAAAAGAUUGUGAAUGAAAGAUGCUUUAAAAAGCUUA